AUGAACCUACCUCAUUAAUCUGCAGAAAAGGAAGAGACCAAUAAAGGUGUACACACAAACAAUUUUAUUGAGACGCUUCAAACUGAUAAUAUUGAAGAGAAAGGACUCAUUAAUAACGGUGUUUAAAAUAUAGUGAAGGAAAAUGCUUAAGCAGCUUAAACGCAAUUGAGUUCGGAUGAAAAAUCUAGCUCAUCAAAAGAAUAAGUUAAAGUAGAAAUAAAGGAGCAAGAUAAAGAAUUUAGAAUGGAUAAUAAGACAUUUAAAUUAGGCGUUCCUUGGAUUUUAAGACUCAUGUUUGUAGAUGUCACAAAAUUGAUGUAUUUGGUUCAUAAAAAUGUGAUUUAAAAGAAAAAAAGAAUGGAUUUGCAUCAUUUACCAGAUUUAGAGCCAAGUGAAAAAGUAGAAAAUAACUAUUUCUUGAUGGAAGAAGCACUUAAUAGGAUUAGCAAAGGCUAAAACAUUUAAGGAAAACAUGUUUCAAGCAUGGUGAAAUAUGUUUUUAGAGUAGAAUUUCUUAAGUGUCAUAUUAUCAUAGCAUUGAGUUUAAUUGUAAAAGUAUUUAACUCUGUUCUUAUUUAAAGAAUUAUAACUGCUUACAAUGAUGAUGAUUUAGGCAUGGCUUUAUUUUGGGCUUUUAUGCUUUUCAUACUACUUUUGAUUAAUAUUUCUACAAACAAUAAUGCUUUCAACUUGGUUCAAAAUAUUUCAGCUUAAAUUAGACUGAAUUUGGUUACUUAUCUCUACACAAAGGCAUCCAAUCUCUCAAACUUUCAAAUAUAAAAAGCUAAUAUAGGAAAAUUAUUCAAUUUGAUAUCUUACGAUUUAGGUACAUUGGAAAUGAUGCUUUAUUUUGCAUUCAUGAUUCUCUACAUUCCUCUUUUACUAGUUAUAUCAGCAGUUGUGCUUUACUUUCGUUUUGGAGGGUAUGGAAUUCUGAGUGUUGUGAUCAUAACAAUGAUCAUUCCAGUUUAGCUGAUAUUUGGAGUUAAAUAAAAAGUGUAUACUGAUAUGAAAAAUAAAUUUUCUGAUGAGAGAAUAAAACUCAUUAAUGAAACUGUGGAAGGUAUUAGAUUAAUGAAAAUGUAUGGAUGGGAAUAAGCUUUUGAAAAAUAUGUAAAAAUAGUCAGAAAGAAAGAGCUUAAUAGCAUUAGAAAUAUUUAAUUAUUUAGAGCAUCUGAUCGUGGAAAUUCUACUUCAUUAGUCCUUAUUGCUGCUUUCUUCCCUAUUUUGAUUGUGUAUUAUAAAGGUACAGCAACUGUCUCUAGUUCAAUUAUUUAUGCUACCCUUGAAUAGCUUUAUGGAUUGAGGAGUAUUUUGUUUUUAACAGGUGUUGGAAUAGGAUUCUUAUUUUAAAUUGGAUUGAUUUUAAAUCGUUUUGCAGACUUUUUGAGACUCAAAAAAUAAUCAACUACAUUCUUGGAAGAAAACCUUGACCAUGAUCCUGAGCUUUAUGAGAGAUAAUUACAAAUUAAAAAGAAAAGAGAACAACUCAAUAAAAAGAAAAUGGUCUUCCUCAAAGAAAACCCAUAAGGAUAAAGAGAUAAAUAAGCUAUGAAGCAAUUCGAACUUGAACCUGAAGAAUAAAAAACUAUUGAUAUCAAGAAUAAUAAGUACAACUAAAUAGAGUACGCUAUUCAAGAACCAUCAGAUCCUUAAAAUGCUGCUGAGUUUACUAAUUUCAGUGGCUUUUGGGAUGUUGACAAUCCUCCUGUACUUAAAAAAAUUGACUUAAAAAUUAGAAAAGGCUGGUAGUAUGGCAUUGUUGGUAAAGUAGGCUCUGGUAAGUCUUCUCUAUUGCAAGUUAUGUUAGAUGAGAUUCCUCAUCUCUAAGGUGACUUAAAAAAAGUUGGCACAGUCAGCUUUGUAGAGCAAGAACCUUACGUGUUUUCUGGUAAAUUCAAGGACAAUAUUUUAUUUGGCAAGCCCUAUGAAGAAGAAUUUUACAACUAAGUGCUUAAGGCAUGCUGCUUGGUGUAAGACUUAGAGCAGUUACCAAAUGGGGAUGAGACAGAAAUUGGUGAAAGAGGUGUUAAUUUGAGUGGUGGUUAGAAGGCAAGACUUUCUCUAGCCCGUGCAGUUUAUAGCAGAAGCGAUAUUUACUUAUUAGAUGAUCCUCUGAGUGCAGUUGAUUCCAAAGUUGCUAGAAAACUUUACCAAAAUUGUUUAAAUGGAUUACUGAAAGACAAAACUGUAUUAUUGGUUACUCACCAAAUUCACUUCACUAAAUCUUGUGAUGAAAUACUCGUUUUAGAAUAAGGUAACCUUGCUCAUAGAGGUAAAUUCCAUGAAUUAGAAAAGAUACUUUUAGAGAUGGCUAAUUAAGAGACUUUUGGUGAAGAUAAAGCUUCUUAAUCACAUUUGUCAAGCAAUAACUUGAAUAUGCUUGAAAAUUAAAAAGAUGAAGAAGAUAAUAAAGCUUAAGAGCAUCUAGAUAAAGAGCAAGAGGAAAAACUCAAAGAAAUUAAAGAAAAAAAAGGCAAAUUAUUUAUAUUAGAAAAGGAAGAGAAAUUUGACCUAUCAUUAAGAACAUAUAAAACUUAUUUUGGAUACAUUAGAAGCAACUUCAGAAUUGCUUUUGUAUUGAGUCUUUAUCUUUUGAGUGAAGGUCUUUACACAUCAUUUUAUUACGUUUUCGGAUCUUACGAUCAGACUGAGGAUAAAACACAAUUAUUCUAUGUGUCAGGAAUUCUGAUGGUCUGCUUUAUCAUUGUGUGCGUCUCAAAGUAUAUCUUAACUGUGUUAACUGCAAAUAUAUCGAAUUAAAAUCUACAUACUCAUAUGUUUAAUUAAUUAACUCGAGCUCCUAUCUAAUAUUUUGAUUAAACUCCUUCAGGACGUAUUCUAAAUAAAUUUUCAAGUGAUAUCGGUAAUGCAGAUUUGAUGCUUCCUUUCAUGCUUUUUGAUAGUUUAGAAGGUCCUCUUCAACUACUUAAUAUAUGCAUUACUGUUGGAGUCUUUAACCCAUGGUUCUUUAUCAUCGCAUUUUUCAUGAUAUUCACUACAAUAUUGCUUUUGAAAAAUAACAUGCCUCUAAUUGUUGGAUCUAAAUAAUUAGAUUUGAUGUUUAAAAGUCCAGUGUAUUCUUUCUUUGCUAGAACAAUUUAGGGCAUAGUGCAUAUCAGAAUUUAUAAGUAAGCAAAAACUUUCUUCACUUAAAUGUGUAAAAAUGCAAAUAAUUCUAUUCGUACAAAUUAUGCUGUAUGGAGAUUUAAUAGAGCUUUCGCAUUCAAUUAAUAGCUAACAACUACUUGCUUUAGUCUUUCAGGAAUCAUUCUUAGUAUUUACACAUCUUCAUCUUCAGAUAAAUUAGGUUAAUCUAUCGUAUAUUUAACAUAAAUUAUUGAUGUUAUAGCAGCACUUUCUCGUUAAAUUCCUAAUCUUGACAGCAACAUGUCAUCUGUUGAGCGUGCCCUGUAAAUCUGUAGACUUCCUUAAGAAGAUCCAUUAGUUAAUCCUUUGGAUCACAAACUUUACUUAACAAACGGCGAAGAAGAUAAAAAAAAAUAACAAAAAAAAUCAGAAAAUAAUCACUUGAAAAAAUCUUGGGUAAAAAAUGGUGAUAUUAUUUUCUAAAAUGUUCAAAUGAGAUAUAGAAAAGACCUUGACUUAGUAUUAAAAGGUUGCAAUUUUAGUAUAAGAGGAGGCGAAAGAGUAGGUUGUGUAGGUAGAACUGGUGCUGGUAAAUCUUCUAUUUUACAAGUUCUUUUCAGAAUGGUACCAUAUGAGAGUGGAAGUCUUAUCACUAUAGAUGGUGUAGACAUAAAAGAGAUGGGUCUACAUACACUUAGAAACUCUAUGAGUAUAAUUCCUUAAAUACCUUUCGUAUUUAGUGGAUCAAUAAGAAGAAACUUAGAUCCUUUAGAUGAAUAUACCGAUGAAGAAAUCUGGUAAGCAUUAAAACAAACAGAUUUAGAGGAGACAAUUAAAAAACUACCUCAUGGUUUGUUGACAGAUAUGUCAAAUGCUCAAAGUGUUUUCUCAACUGGAUAGAAAUAGUUAAUAUGUUUAGCUAGAGCCAUUUUGAAAAACAGUAAAAUAUUAGUGCUAGAUGAAGCCACAGCAAAUGUUGAUAUGAGGACUGAUGAAUUCAUUUAAUAAGCUAUUAAAUAGCAAUUCGUAAAUUCUACUAUAUUUACAAUAGCUCAUCGUUUGAAUACAAUAGCAGAUUAUGAUAAGGUAAUUGUUAUGGAUUAAGGUGUUGUAUCUGAAUGUGAUGAACCUUAUAAAUUAUUGGUUAAAACUAUUGGAGAUAGCGAUAUAACAUCUGACUCUAUAUUUGCAUAGAUGGUUAAAAAUACUGGAAAAGAUAACUCCCUAAAUAUUUUAAAAAUUGCCUAAAAAAGAUAUAGUGAACUCCAUAACAUAGAUGAAUGA